AUGAAGGGGCUGAUGCGCAUGCUACUGCCAGAAUACGACAGAGCGGCAGCACACACGGUACCGGGCUCGCAGAGCGGCUUCACCAAGGGGAUGAAUGCACCUGCGCAGACGCUAACGGCAAGGCUGCACGCGGAGGAGUGCAUGAUAGAAAGGAAGAUGUGUGUGAGAGGAUACAUAGACUUAGGCACGUACUUCAUGAGCGUCGUGAAUGAGGUGCAAUGGAGAGUGGAGGAGUGGGCCGGUGUGCCAGCAGACGUCACGAGAGUGCUAAAGGCACUGAGGGAAGGGCUCGGCGACCUGCCAGGGCUUCGCGUGUUUGCGGCGGGCACCUAG